CCACCCCCUCCUAAUACUAAUACAGGUCCAUCUCUUCUUAUGAAGGGAAUACAGGCCCAGCUCUACUAACAAGCCAUAUAUUCUGCAUCAUCUGUCGGGAAAUUAUCCAUUGAUAUCUUUCUGCCCAUCGUUCUGGUCUAGGGUGCGAGAGGGACGCGUUUGCUCAAGCGGACUAUCACGAGGAGCAGCCAUUGCGCCAUGGUCACAUGCUGCGUGCGGUGAGUGGUGCGCUUUUGUUUAGAGCAAUCACCGCAAGCAAGGGCUUCUCGAUCUACUCUGAGCUCAUGCUCCCAGAUCCAGUGCUCGGUGCGUUUUAGACCUUUACUUGUUCUGGUACGAGCAGCAGGGACCAAACAUCCAUCCAUCCUAAAGUCAAAUGCGUACUGAAUACAUGGACCAAUGAUACGGCGGAGACUGGCCGGAGGAGCUGCUGUUGACGGCGAAUAGAGGAGGAGCCGGUGGUGGAGCGGCGAACAGAGACGGAACCGGUGGUGUUGCAGCUAACAGAGGAGGACCACGCAGCGCAGCUGCGACCUUCUCCCGGGCAUGGUCCAUGCGGCUGGCUGAAAUCGAGGAUGGGAUGGCGGCGCUGCGGGUGGAGGCGACGGCUCUAGGCUGGGAAGAAGCGGCGGGGCUGCACCUGGGGGAGUUGGGGAAGAAUGGGAAGAGGGAGGCGACGACUGAGUUCAGCGCAUGGGAUCGAUUAACUCCACCUUUUGCCUAGCAAAAGGAAGCGGAAAUGACGAUGGUCCUGGAUGCAUUUGCAUCCUACUUGCAAAACGUGCUCACAGAGAUGGUGAGUGAAGAGGUGCACAUGCUGCUUGGAGUCACAACCGAGAUCAAGAAGAUGGACGUCAAGCUUAAGGACCUCAAGUACUUCCUCGCCGACGCUGACAGGAGAAACAUCACUGACGAGAGCGUGCAAGAGUGGGUUGCCCAGCUCAAGCGGGCCAUGUAUGAAGCUACAGACAUCCUUGACCUCUGUCAGCUCAAGGCCAUGGAGCACGGUCCAUCCACUGCAGAUGUGGGAUGCUUCAACCCCUUGCUGUUCUGCAUGCGGAAUCCCUCCCAUGCCCACGACAUUGGCACCCGCAUCAAGGUGCUCAACCAGAACCUCGACGACAUCAAGGAGCGAAGCGCUGCUUUCAGCUUCAUACAUCUUGGUUCCUCUGAGGAUCAUAACAGUAAGGUGCAAGCCUCUCAUUCUCGCAAUAAGAGACGUGACACAUCAGGGGUGUUUGACCGGUCAGCUGUAGUGGGAGAGAAGAUUGAAGAAGACACAAGAAAGAUGGUUGAGAUCAUGCUGAGUGAAAAGAAGGGCAACACCAACAUCAUCGUGGUCGCCGUUGUUGGUGUCGGUGGAAUCGGCAAGACCACUCUUGCCCACAACGUCUUCAAUGACGAAGCCUUGAACAACAAGUUUGAGAAAACGAUAUGGUUGAGCAUCAACAAGGACUUCGACGAGGUUGAGUUGCUCAGGACAAUUAUCACGCAAGCGGGGGGAGAACAUGGUGGUAAUAAGGCGUUGGCUGUGCUUCAGCCAAUCCUUAUCACUACCUUGAAAGGGAAGAAGCUAUUCCUGGUGCUGGAUGAUGUGUGGAACCAUGGGGCAUGGGAUGAUGUGCUUAAAACACCCUUGACUAAUGUUCUCGCUCCAGGUAGCCGAGUCCUCGUCACUACUAGAGAUGAAACAGUAGCUCGAAGGAUGAAAGCCGUGCUUCCCUACCACCAUGUGGACAAAUUAGGGGAGGAGGAUGCCUGGUCAUUGCUCAAGAAACAGAUAAUCUUAAGUGAAACCGAUGAACGUGAAAUUGAUAUGCUCAAGGAUAUUGGAGUGCAGAUUAUAGCAAAAUGUGAUGGUCUGCCUCUUGCUGUCAAAAUAAUGGGAGGGCUCUUGUGUCAGAAGGACAAAAAACACCGUGAGUGGGAGAUGGUUCUGGAUGAUUCUAUAUGGUCAAUAUCUGGACUGCCUGAAGAGCUAAACCAUGCAGUAUAUUUAAGCUAUGAAGAUUUAUCUUCUUGUGCCAAACAAUGCUUUCUGCAUUACUCCCUUCUACCUAAAACUGCAGUGUUUUAUAGAGAUGAAAUCAUUGGCAUGUGGGUUAGUGAAGGAUUUUUUCACGGGACCUCGGAUGACUUAGAAGAACUAGGAAGCAAGUACUAUAAGGAGCUGAUACUAAGGAAUCUUAUUGAGCCAGAUACAGAGUAUAUUGAUCAAUGUGUUUGCAACAUGCAUGAUGUUGUAUGCUCAUUUGCUCAGUUUGUGGCUAGAGAUGAGGCACUAGCAGCUCACAGUGGAGAAACUAAUAUUGUUAGUAAACUUAGUGUACAUGAGUUUCUUCGGAUAUCUCUAGAAAGCAAAGGAUCAGAAUCAGAUGGGUUAAACUGGAGUUCCUUGCAAGCACAAAAGACACUAAGGGUACUAAUAUCAGUUGGCUUUGUAAAUAUCAAGCCUGGUGAUUCCUUGGUUCAUUUUCCAUGUCUACGAACUUUAUAUAUAUAUUCUGCACAUGUUGUAGCUUUGCUUGAAUCUAUGCAUGAACUCAAGCACCUGAGGUACUUGUCCUUGGAAAACACUGAUAUAUCUAGUUUGCCAGAUAGCAUUGGAAAGAUGAAACUGUUGCAGUACAUAAGUCUUAGUGGAUGCCAACAGAUUGUUAAACUCCCACCUAGCAUUGUAAAGUUAGGGCAGCUAAGGUACCUUAACUUCAUUGGAACAAGUAUAAAAGGCAUACCCAGGGGGUUUUGUGCUCUAACAAACUUGAGGAUAGUACUUGACUUUCCAGCCCAAGUGGAUGGUGAUUGGUGCAGUUUGGAAGAGUUGGGUCCUCUUUCUCGGCUCAAGAAACUUCAAUUGGACAGAUUGGAGAAUAUAACUGCUUCCUCAUCUGCAGCAAAGGCAAAGCUUAGCGACAAGGUGCAUCUUACCAACCUAGUGUUAAGUUGUGCCAGUAUAUUGGGAGAUGAUAGGCUGAUUAAAGAGGAAGAUGGUGUCUGUGAGGAAGAGCAACAACAAGUCGAGAAGGUGUUUGAUGAGCUCUGCCCUCCGCCCAGGUUAGAAUAUCUUGACAUCAGAGGAUAUUUCGGCCGAUGGCUCCCAAGGUGGAUGAUGUCUUCAUCAGUUGUGCCACUCAAGAGCUUGAGGAUUAUGUUCAUUUGCGACCUGGCUUGCUGCACACAGCUUCCUGAUGGCUUGUGCCAACUCCCUUAUUUGGAGUUCAUUCAGAUCAAGCGUGCUCCAGCCAUCAAGCGUGUUGGACCUGAAUUCAUGCAGUCCUACCAUCAGCACAGUCCUCAUCCUUCCCAGAUGGUGGCAGCAUUUCCGAGAUUGCAUAAGAUGGAGUUAAUAGGAAUGGUGGAAUGGGAGGAGUGGGAGUGGGAGGAGCAAGUGCAAGCCUUUCCUGUCUUGCAGCAACUUUUGCUAAAGCAUUGCAAAUUGAAGUGUCUUCCUCCUGGACUUGCCUCCCAGGCAAGGGCUUUGAAUAAAUUAUCCAUAUACUAUGUCCACAGUCUCAUCUCCCUAGAGAACUUUCCGUCUCUGGUUGAGCUGUAUCUGGGUGACAACCUUGACCUGGAGAUGAUCACUAAUCUUCCAAGACUGCAGAAGCUUACCACCGAAAACUGCCCAAAGCUGAAGGUGUUGGAGGGUGUUCCUGCACUCCAGAGGCUCGUUCUCUCGUAUAAUGACAUGGAAACAAUCCCAGAAUACAUGGGAGGUAUAAACCCAAGGCAUUUGGAGCUAUACUGCAGCCUAGCACUGCUCGCUUCAAUGGCCGCGGGACAAUCUGGCCAUGUGUGGGAAAAGUUCAGCCAUGUUGAGCAUGUCAAGGCAUAUGCACGCGAAGGAGAUAAUUCACGGAAAUGGUAUGUCUUCUACACAGCUAAACCCUACAGCUUGGAGACAAACGUCAGCCACUUUUUCAUGUCCAGAGGAACCUUGACUUCUUUUGAGGGCGCACAGAGAUUUGAGUCUUUCUUCAAAAUGACGAGAAAAACCUUUAGCUACAUCUGUAGCUUAGUGAUGGGGCCAUCAAUGGAAGAUAUGAACAGCUACACCUUUGUUGAUGGGAGGGUGCUGUCUUUAGAAGAUCGGGUAGCUGUUGCUCUUAGAAGGUUGCAGUCCAGUGAGCCAACAGAGAGCAUAGCAUCCUCUGUAGGUGUGAACGAGUCAAUCAUCUUGUUGGUAACUGAGAGGUUCGUUGAUACUGUGUGUGAGCGGGCAGACCACCACACAGGCUGGCCAGACUGCAGUGAGAAGGAUGAAAUCAAAUCCAAGUUUGACAAGAUCCACAAUAUGCAUAACUGUUGCGGGGUUAUAUGUACAACUCACAUCCCAUUUGGACCAAACUGCAACCAUGAGAAGAAUGACAUCGCUGUAAUCCAAUUCAUUGUUGAUGCAACGAAGAGGUUUAGAAACAUUUGGUUGGGACCAGCAGGUAGCAUGAACAAGUCGAGCCUUUUGAAGGACUCUGAAAUCUUCAAGGAGUGUGCGAAGGGCGGUUGGCUGAAUGGCAACAAGCUGAAAGUGGCAUUAGAUGGAUCAGAAGUCGGGGAAUACAUAAUUGGUGAUGCAGGAUACCCUCUUCUUCCAUGGCUACUCACACCUUACCAGGAAGAAGAACUCUCAGAUUCCAAGGCAGAGUUCAAUAGGAGACAUUCUGCAGCCACAACCAGUGCUCUGAAGGUGCUGACAAGACUCAAAGACACAUGGCAGUACCUGCAGGGAGAAAUGUUGUGCCCAUUCAAUCCAUACAGUCUAGAUAAGGUGAUCUAUGCUUGCUGCAUGUUGCAUAACAUAGUCAUAGAAAUGGAGGAUGAUGCAGCCAUGCUGAGCACCAAGCGGAGGAAUUACUCCAAGGAAGUGCGCCAGAUAGCAAAGGAGGACGUUGUCAGGGCGAGGGAUAUGCUGUCGCAACACUUCUUGGAUAGCGGGUCGUCCAAACUGGGAGAGGAGGAGGAUGAAGCAGCUUCAUUAACUAGGUACCACUGCUAGUUGCUAGCCCCCUGUGCUUCAAGAAGCACAGACAAGAACAACAGAUGAAGAGAUCAUUAACUAGGCGAAAGGGAAGCCGGCAUCGGUUGUGCUGGUUUGAUCAGGUGAAAGGGAAGCUACAUCGUGCUGGAUGUGAUUGGAGCUUAUCCAUGCACGAAUGCAGAGCAGCUCUGGUGAAAGGGAAGCCUACUUUGACACUGCAACAUGAUCUGAAGUUGGGCAUUCUUUUAAAAAAAUUGUCAUCUAUCUAUCUGGCAAAGACAAAGUGUUGCUAUGCAGUCUGUACUUUGUGGAUUGGCAGUAAGCUUUGUUGUGUUGAGAAACGACGAUGUAUUGUAGCUGCUUGGAGACUAUCUUUUUCUAUGACAUACGUAUGUUUGUGCAAGUAAUUAUUCAAUUUGGGAACUUCUGAUGAAUUCCGUAUGCAACUAUAAUGAGUAGAUCAGCUUGAAUCUAGUCUCAGAAACACUGAGGGCCAUUUGACAGUACUGUAUUUACUACUUACUACGG